UUUAAUUUUUAAAAUGAGUGAAAACGAAUGUAUAGAAAGUUUUCUACCGAAAAACAGGCACAUCAUAAUGUCCAACAUUAACAACAACAACAACAACAACAAUAGCACCGGUAGUUUCAGAGAAAAGACACCGAAAACUAUUAUCAUAUCCAAAAUGAGACAAUUGAUCAAAGAAAUGAUGGCAGAAAUGUUGGGCACCUUUAUGUUGAUGCUUAUAGGAUGUUCCGCAUGUUGUGCCUAUUCAUUGAACCUGACCGGCAAACCGGACAAAUCGGUCGAUGGCUAUGCCGUAAAUUUUUGCUGGGGUUUCGGCGCUUUUAUCGGUAUCUGUGCAUCGAUGGCCAUAUCAGGUGGUCACAUAAAUCCGGCCGUUUCCGUAGCGUUUGCUACACUAAAACGAUUUCCGUGGGCUAAAGUAGGGCCCUAUAUCGGUGCCCAAUUGGUCGGUGCCUUUCUCGGUACGGCCGUCAGCUAUCUGGUCUAUUAUGAACCUAUAGGUAUUCAGCACAAUCUCCAACCGCUCCUCAAUCAUACGGAACUACGAGCCUAUGGCCACUCGUUGAGCACCGGCGGUUUUUUCGCCACCUAUCCGGCAGCGCACAGUACACUGUUGGUGUGCAUUAUUGAACAGAUAGUGGCCACCUGUUCGCUGCUUAUAUCGGUGAUGGUAGUGGUCGACAAAAACAAUCUGAAUGUACCCAUGUAUUUGCAGCCCUUCCUACUGGCCUUUGUAAUUGCCACCCACGCCCAGGUAUUCAGCUUCAAUACGGGGUGUGCCAUGAAUCCGGCCCGCGAUUUAGGUCCCCGAUUGUUCACAGCAAUUGCCGGUUGGGGUAUACAUGUGUUUAGUCCAUUAGGCGGCCAUUAUUGGUGGGCAGUGGGCGUAUUAGCAUCGACUAUCGGUGCCACAAUGGGUGUCUGGAUAUACUAUUAUGUUAUUGAAUAUUUUUAUACUACACCCGAACCGGUUAACCCUAUGCUAGAUGACUGUGCUGGUGGUGGGGUCGUCACCGAUACUAAACCUGUUUAAAAUUUAAACAAACAAAAAAAUAUAGUAUUGAUUAUUAUAAUUAUAAUUAUAAUUAAUAUUAUUAUUAUUACCUUAACAUCAUGUUUAGU